ACUGUCCAUCCUUCAGGGUCAAGUUGUGUUGGCAGUGCGUCAGCAUUACGUUGACAUUGGCGACCAGGUGGUAACCCUGGGAGACGGGGACGAGGUAGCUGUUGUGCCACCUCUCAGUGGAGGAUAGAACACAACAGAUAAAAGAUGUCAGAUGAGCGGAGAGACAUCCUAAAGCUGAGUCGUGAUUGGCUGCCUGUUCAGGAUGUGGUGGAUACUGUCAGCAGUGCCUCUUGUGGAUCUAUUUCCGUGUUUAUAGGUACAACCCGUGAGGAUGAGGUGGAUGGCAGGAAGGUGAUUGGUCUGGAGUAUGAGGCGUACGAGCUCAUGGCCCAAUCUGAGUUCAUCAAACUGUGUGGUGACAUCAGAGAGCGCUGGCCGACUGUUACGCAUAUCUGUGUCCACCACAGGCUGGGGUGGGUAAAGGUGGGCGAGGCCAGUGUUGUCAUGGCGAUUUCGUCACCUCAUCGCCAUGACAGCCAGCAGGCAAUCAACCACUGCAUCAGCCAGCUGAAGGCCAACGUCCCAAUCUGGAAGAAGGAGGUUUAUGACACGCAGGAGGCAAGCUGGAAGGAGAACUCUGAGUGUCCCUGGUCAGAACACAGUAAAGUUCAGAGAGAAAACAUCAACGUUAACAUGUCAUUGUGAGCUGCUGCAAAUAAAGUGUAGAAUGUCUGAAAGAAACACGAAA